AUGGCGUCCGCACGCGCGCCGAGCUCAACCCCGGUUCCCACAACCGAGACGGCCGAAUCUUCUGGGGCAACUUCCACUGUGACGGAGCAAGAAUGGGAGGCCAUGGCCAACUUGCUGAAGAACGUCUAUGACUACAGGAUUGACGAUGGCACCUAUGAUCCCACAAAACUCUUCCAGCGCAAAGUGAACAAGCGCGCCGUGCCCGACUACUACGACAUCAUCAAAGAGCCCAUGGCCCUUAGCACAAUCAAAUCUAAGAUCGGACAGAAGGAGUACAAUAACUUUUCCGAGUUCGUCCGCGACCUGGCUCUUAUACCCCACAAUGCGCAAGUGUACAACAGACAGGACUCUCAGGCCUAUGUCGAUGCGCUCGAAGUAAAGAAGGUCAUCGAACGCGAGCUUAAGCGCCUUGUUGACGACAAGAUUGUAUCUGAGGAUAUUGCGACUCUGCCUUUCCUGGGUGAGAUUCCGGAACAAGAUCCGUUACUACCGGAAGACGAAGAAGAGGAAGAGGAGGAAGAUGACGAGGAAGAGCUCGAAGUUGACGAAGAAGACGAGGACGAGGACGAAGAGGAUGAUGGGAAGCGCAAAAGGAGAAGGCCUGCGCGGUCCGCAGCAGCUAACGCCAAGCGCGAAGGAGGCUCAAGAGCGGCAAAGGAGGACGCCAAAAACGACGAUCCAGAGUCCCGGAAAAAACGCGGACGUCCGCCGCGGGUUGAUACGCCUAUGGAGGCACGAAUCAAAGCCAUCAUGAAGGCCAUCCGCAAACCUCGCAACCAGCAGAACAAGCUCAUGGUAAGCGCAUUCGAGCGUGUCCCCGACAAGACGGUUAUGCCCGAAUACCACUCUGAGAUCAAGAAUCCUAUGGCCAUGGACAUCUUGAAGCGCAAGCUCAAGCGGAAGAAGUACAACUCGGUAGAUCACUUCAUGGUAGACGUGGAGCUUAUGUUUGAGAACGCGAAGCAAUACAACGAGGAGGAUAGCCAAAUUUACAAAGACGCUGUGCACCUUCAAAAGGAGGCACGCAAGGUCGCAAAAGCCGAGAAAGAGAAGCCAGACACUGAGUACGUCAUGGAAGAAGGACGUAUACCCAUGCCCAGCGGCAUCGUCCAUAACGGAGAGUUGUGGAAGGUUGGCGAUUGGGUCCAUAUUCAGAACGCGAACGACCUCACAAAACCCAUUGUCGCUCAGAUCUAUCGUACGUGGCAAGACGCUAGUGGUGGCCAGUGGGUGAAUGCCUGCUGGUACUACCGUCCUGAGCAAACCGUGCAUCGUUUCGAUAAGCACUUUUUCGAGAACGAAGUUGUCAAGACUGGCCAGUAUCGAGACCACCGCAUUGAUGAGGUUGUAGAUCGCUGCUUCGUCAUGUUCACAACAAGAUACAACAAGGGCCGCCCACGCGAUUUCCCCUCGGACAAAGAGAUCUAUGUUUGCGAAGCCAGAUACAACGAGGAAAAUCACAAGCUGAACAAGAUCAAGACCUGGGCUAGUUGCCUCCCUGAUGAAGUACGAGACAAGGACUACGUUAUGGACUUGUUCGAUGCGCCGCGAAAGCUGAAAAAGGUGCCGAGUCCGAUUGCAUACCUUCUUAAAGAUGACCAAAAAGAGGAUGACGAUCUACCAAAGCCAGAGUGGGGUGCUGAGAAUGCGCCUCCGAAGAUUGGCGCUGUCCAUCGUCGCCCACGCGACCCAAAGGAUUCGCCACCUCCCAGACCCACUCCACCGCCAUCUCCAACACCACCACCUGCACCCGUGAUGCCGACGCCAAGUUUGCCCACUCCUUCGGUACAUGGCUUCGAAGCAUCAAGAAAUUAUCCUAUAGCUCAGCCGCCUGCCCUCACUCCAAUGCCUGCACCAACACCACAGCAACAUCAUGUUCCUCCCGCAUACACUCCUACUCAUGCGACACACUAUCAUGCUCAUUCUCAGUCACCCGCACCGCACAUGCACCAUCAGGCACCUCAGGUACCUGCUUACCAACCAAUAACACCGCAUGUUCCCUUCACGCCUCAACCUACAGCACCUAUGCAGUCCUUCCAGACGCCGCGACCUACUCCAGGUUAUCAACAGCCGUACCUCCAGCAGAUGCCCCCCAACUACAAGGCACCGCAACCCGUCGAAGUCUAUGUCAUGGCCGAUCACGCGAACAAUAGCAUACCGCCUGAAAUCCGUGAGCAGUUCCAAUGUGAUGAGAAGGGUCGCGUGCUCUUCUUCACCGCUCCUCCACUCAAUAUCGAGCAGCCGCUCACAAAGGACGGACGCACACUGGGGCACUCGGCACGCUACCUAGCAGCUAAGGCGAAGAAAGAAGCUAUGAAGGCUGCGAAGCGCAAGGCAGGGGAAGCCAGUAUUGACGAAACCAAGGAAGCGGCCAAGAGAGCGAAGGCGGCUGAAGAAGAACAGUUCAAGAAGGCCGUCGCCGAUCUUAAUAACAAGGCACUAAAGGCGUUAGAGGACCAACUCGCAGUAGCUACAAAGUCAGAUCUUGCAACUCUGUUCAAUGGCCAGACUGAGGAGGGAAUCGCAAAGGUUCUGGAUCAGCUGACUCUUGUCCAAAAUGCGACGGUACAGAAGGAGUUGGAGCGCGAGCUGCAUGCCUUGGAGAAGGAAGAGAACAGACGUGUGACAGUGACGGGUAUGACUGCCAGAUUGGAGGAGAAGUACUAA